AUGUUCAGACAUUUAUCCACAGCAGCAAUUCCAACAUGCAUAAAAACAGUAGCAGUAAUAGGAGGAGGAAACGUGGGAACUGGCAUCGCCCAAGCGGCCGCUCAAAAUGCCCGGCAAGUCGUCUUGGUCGAAUUAAACCAACGAUCAUUAAAUAAAGCCGAAGAAACCAUUUACGAUUCACUAAAAUCCGAAGCCGAGAAAAUUUACGAAGGCAACGAGAGAAAUAUCGAAAAAUAUGUUCUGAAUACAACCCGAUUUAUCACAGGCACCACGGACCAUUCGGAAGCAGUUAAAGAUACGGACUUGAUCAUAGAAGCUAUACCGGAGGAUAUAGACGAGAAAAUUCGACUGUUCAAGCGUUUAAACGCGCUCGCGCCGCCGGAAACGAUAUUCGCGACGACCACCGACUCGCUUUCGAUCCGAAAACUGGCCGAGAAAUCGUCGAGAAUCGAACGGUUCGUGGGAUUGCAUUUCUUUCAUCCGGCGGCUUCUUCCAAGCUCGUGGAAAUCGUGAAAAAUUAUUGGACGAGCAGGGAAACGUUGGAAAAUACUACGGUGGUUUGUAACGAUUCUCCGGGUUUCAUCGUCAACAGAUUGCUACUCACGUACAUCACGGAAGCGAUCAGGAUGAUGGAGAGGGAAGAGGCCACGCGGAAAGACAUCGAUAAGGCCAUGCGUUCGAUAAUGGGCGAGAAUUUGGGACCAUUCGAGAUGGCCGAUCAGAUUGGACACGAUACUAUUACGAAAUUGGUUGAAGCUUGGAGAUAUCGAGAACCGGAAAAUAUGAUAUUCCAACCGUGUUCCUCGCAAAAAUCGUUGAUAGAAAAGGGCAAGUUGGGCGUAAAAAGCGGCGAAGGAUAUUACAAGUACGACGAUUUGAGUUAUUGGGUCUCCUUUCGUUUGAAGUAG